AUUUAUAUAAUUAUAUAUAUUUAUUAUAUUUUUGUUCAAAAAAUAUAAACAGAUAAAAUGACAGAACUUGCGGAUAUUUGUACAUUACGAGUAUUACAUCUUCCACCUGGUCUCUCGGAUCAGCGACGAGAAGAGCUUUUUAAGAAGUACGGAGCAGUGAAAACUAGAACAAUAAGAAAAUCAGAGAAAUAUACAAUUACUUUUGUUGAAUUUCCAAAUAAAGAACAUGCGACUGAAAUUUUUUUACGACUUCAUCAAUUGCCGGUUAAAGGUCGAAGACUUUCUAUUGAAUUUGCUAAAAGAAAUGUGUCCCUCGACGAUAAAGAUAAUAGUGGCGAUGAUCAAGAAUCUACCAAGAAGGAAAAAGAUCUAUCAGAGAAUAAACUCUAUUUUCAAGCAUUUCUCAAAAAAUUAAAUAGUUGGGCACCUCAUCAUAUGUUUACACAACCUAUUCCUCCAUACUUGAAGUAUAAAUAUCCUUCACCAAAUAAAAGUAUACUUUUGAGAAUAGCGAUACAAAUGUUAAAAGAACCGGCUUUUUAUACUCAGGUAUUACAUUUAAUGAAUAAAAUGAAUUUACCACCACCAUUUGAAGAGUUUGAAAAGGAAUUUCCUUUCAUUAAAGAGGCUUAUGAUAUUGAAAAUUAUAAAGACAUAUUUGGUUUUACAACCGUAUCGCAACAUGAUGAAGUUGCCAAAGAUGACGAGAAGGACCUAGAAGAGGACGAUGAAGAAGAGUCUGAGAUAGAAUCCGAUAAAGAAUCCAGUAGCUUUCCACAACUGAUCAUUCCAGAGAAACGAAAGCGAGCUCAGAAUAAGAAACGCUUAAAGAUUCCAAAAUUCGUUAAUCCUAUGAAACAAAACGUUAUGCCAUCGACUAGUCAGAAACAUAAACCAGAGGAUAUGUUUGAAUUGUAUCAGGGUGAUCCGCGCAAUCGGAAAAUUGUACUUAAACCUGUUGAGUCUACGAGUAAACUUUUAAUUACAGCGAUGACUGAGGAGGAAAAAUCGCUACACCUCCUAGAGCCAAGUGGCAAUUCCGAUGGCUUUGGUUUAAUUUUUCCAAGUAAGAAGGAUGAUAGCGAGAUAAAAGAUGAGCAGACUAAACCUGAGUUUAUAACCACAGAGCAGCUACACGAUAACAAAAUAUCUGAUAAAGAUCAAAGAUUGCUGCCGGUAUUUAAGAACUAUCACCCUGGGAAACCGUCCUGUCGUCUCUAUAUAAAAAAUCUUGCAAAGCAAGUAGAAGAGAAAGACCUAAAUUUUAUUUAUCGACGCUAUGUUUUACCCAGUUCUAGUGAAACUCAAUCCGAGUAUAAUGUUCGAUUGAUGCAAGAAGGAAGGAUGAAAGGUCAAGCAUUUAUUACGCUUCCCAAUAUUGCUCAAGCCCAAUUAGCACUCGAUGAAACGAAUGGCUACAUUUUAAAAGAUAAGCCAAUGGUAGUACAAUUUGCAAAAGUUACGAAACAUCAAUAGUUUUACCAUUCCUUUAGCUAUUUUUGUAAAUAAUAUACCUCUAAGCAAAAAAGUACUGUAAUUAUAUAAAUUUAUUAAAG